CUCGUUUGCAAUGCAAUGCUUACUUUGCACUGUAAUCUCCCAAUUUGCAAUCUGAUAUGCUUGCAUUGCAUUGUUUUUUUUGAGUGUGUGCUGGUGCAAUGCUCAGGUUUUUGAAAUGAGAUGCGUGCUUUGAGAUCCGGGUGGCGUUGAUCUUUGGUACUACAGCGGUAUUCUUACGGACUCGCCUUUUCUCUUCCCUUCUGAUGGUGCUUGCAGGAAGGUGGGAUCGAGUCAGACUGUCUGGAUGGAGAAACAAGGAGGGGCAGUAGCUCAGGUAGGAGAGUUUGACAAAAGCAAACAGAGUCCAAAGAAACCAAAGGGUCAAGACGAGUCAGCUAAUUCUGAGUCUCACAUUGCUGUUGCUGAGGAGGAAGACGGGAUCCCAAUUUCCACAUCAGGGCUGCUGCAGGUGGUAGAGAGAAGGCAGCCUCUCAGCAGUGUCUCAUCUCUUGAGGUACACUUCGACCUCAUGGAUCUGACUGAACUCACAGACAUGUCUGAUCAGGAACUUGCAGAGGUGUUUGCCGAUUCUGAUGACGAGAAUCCAUCACGUGAUUCAUCUACAGAACUGAGCCAACCAUUGAUGUAUCCAAUCAUCUCAUGUGGAACACAUUUAAAAUCUCCUUCAUGGACAAGAGCAAAGAGUGAGCAGAGUAAGGAUAGGAAGCACCCAAGUGAUCCAGAUGUUCCAUUAGAGAUGUCAGAUCAUUUUCACACAAUUGAAACACACAAAAAACACUAAGGACAAGAUUGGACCUUGCUUCAGCAAAAUGUGCAGUGCUGAAAAGUUCUGCUGCAUCAUUCAUGGUUAUUCUCCUCCUCAACAUUCUUCAGUUUGUAACUAAACUAAGUAGAUUUGCACCAACUGUCCCUACAGUGUCAGUGGAGGAUUUUUACUCUUAGGUCACCAAAGCUUUGAAGAUUAAAGUAUUAACCAUUGCCCAUUUUCAUGCUUUUGGUACCAUGCAUGGGCCAAUGCUGUAACCUUUUUAUUUCCUCAAGUAACUCAAUCAGACAGAUUUAUAAGUUUCUAGAAAAUUCAAUUUGCAACAGAAAAGAAUUAUAUGUGGUUUUGUAGAUCUGCAGCCAGUAGCAAUCAGUCCUUGUCUAACUAGGAACAUUUGUUUUUAAUUAGCUACUAUAGUGGUAUAAAUCUGAUAAAUUGUCCAUUUUGCUUCAUUUCAGGCUUAGAUAAAAAUGUUGACACAGUCUGCUGCAUGCUGUUCACAGCAAAAUUAAUGGGAGUGUGUGCAGGUAAUGAAUGCACAACAGGAAAAUUAUACCAGUACAAAUGUAAAUGAAUAUGAAAUGUCUCACCCAUGACAAUAUUGGAGGAAGGUUUCCACUGAAAGUACCAAUCAGUGUCUGUUAUGUUUUCUGGAAUGAAACACCAAGAUAAAAGAGAUGUUUUGUAUAUUUUACAGGUAACAUCUCUGAGCAGAAUUUCUGUACCAAACAUAUUGGAUCCUGAUGAAUCCUAUUUAAGAUUUAUUACCACUGAAAUUAUGAUUUGUUCUAUGGAAUAAAACCACCGUAAAUUAUUAGUUUUCCUUUUCAGCCCCUACACUGAAUUUAUGAAAUAUUUAUAUCUUUCAAUGAUUUAAAUGAAUUGUGCUACAAGUUUCGAAUUUCAAAAACAACGUACUCAAAAGAGAAAAAGGCCAAGCUGAGCUAAAUGACUAACUCAGAUUCCAUGUGAUUCACACACUUGGACAAAGAAAUUUGUGUUGAAAGUUUUCAUUCCUGUUGUACAGUAGCCACUACCUGCAAACCAAAAUAUUGCACUACUUGAAACUAGCAACUAAACUGACUAAGUCUGAUCCCAACUUCAGUUUAUCCUGAUAAAUUAGGAUUUGAGAUGAAAAAGUAGCUCUUACAUUCUCUCAAAAAGAUACUAGCUUCCCCUCCGCAUAAUUUAAAUGUUUUAGCUGGAUUUACGUGGUGUAUCAAAUGAAGUAGAUUAUUUUAGUUUAAAGCAUAUGAUAGCACUCAGUAAAUAUGUCAUGAACAGACGAAUGGCGAUUUGCUGUCUGGUGAACUGCCUUAGUUCAGGAAACUCUAUACGUUUGCAAAUUUUAAAUUACUUUCUUCAGAUUCACAAAUAAUCGUCAAAUACUAAUCAUUUUGUAUAUUGUUUCCUUAAAGUGUUACUAUUACGUAGGAUAUCAGUUUAAA